AUGGUGUGUGCUGACGGUGAAUUAGUAUUUGCUGCGGAACAUAACCGAGAAGCUUUGUUAUCCUUCCAAGUGGAAAAAGAUGGCGUCGGUUUGAAAGGCGUGAACCAACAACUAAUUGUGGAAUAUUGUCCUGAUUGGAUUAAGAUUAACAGCAUGUGCCUAUGUGACCGAAGCAUAUUUUUGUCCCACUCCAAAGGAAUUUCCAAGAUUGACAUCGAAAGUGGCCAGCAUAUGCAUCUUGUACACCUCUUGCAUCAACCAUGUAUGCUCACAAGAUUUGGUUCGGACAUCUUAUUUACCAAUCAAAAGAAAGCUUCUGUAUGGCAUCUUACAGAAGCUUUGAACUAACUGUAUUUGCUGGCUCUGAUGUGGAAGAAGGCAGUAUUGACGGACUAGCUAAGAAUUCUCGUUUUAAACAGCUGAUGGGAAUAUGCACCGAGUUUGACGUCAUUUAUUUUUGCGAUACACAGACGAUUCGAUCAAAGUAUGCAGUGAGGUAAGAUAAGAACAUCAUUUUGAAAGGUAAAUUUCUAGAUUAUUUACAGUAGUGAGAACUACAGUACAAUAAUCUACCAAAUUGCCCUUUAGAAUAAUGUAUGUUUAUUAUUGCUGUAUCGUACAGUUCAUUGUGUCUGUGGAUAAGAGAUACAGCAACAAGUCCAACAAACCAACAACAUGCUUACAAUUAAUUUAGCUGAAUCUGUUGACAUGAUCAACGAAGAUUUUCCCUUUUUUCUCUGUAAUAGGUAACUGAGUGUGCUACAUUUUUAAGCGCCAUCGGUGCUUUGUAUGAUGCAUUUUGUGUACAUAGCAAAGGGUUGACAUACAGAGUCAAGUCGGAUAUUGAGGCUCUUUUACUUGUACGUAAGUGCAAAUCCAUGCUGAAUGAAAUCACCACUGACAUCAAAGAUAGCACAGGAAUCACACAAACUCUAAAUGAUCCUGAAGGGCAUGUUGCCGCCAAAACAGUAUCGUCAGUAAACAUGCUUGAGUGGGGCCUUCAGAAGCUGUUUGAGAAUGUAAAGGAAUUUGUCUAUCAAGAUACAAAUCUGUUGAGUUGUAUGACAUUUGACAUCGAGAACUGUCAUUCAACCGUGCACAUUAAGCAAGCUAACUUGUCCAUGUAGGAAUACAGCAGAUCGUUUGGCCAGACCAUGAAGGAAUCAGUAAAGAGAGUAACUAAAUGGGCUGCUUACUACCAUACAAGUCGAAAGACAUGGUAUCCUAAAUCAGAAGAAGCUAUACUUUUCUCUCCGUUGCCUACUAUGAAUCCGUUGCCUACUAUGAAUCUGUUGCCUGUUGUAGAAAUGUCCCAAGUCGACUGCGAUGUCCUUAGAAACUGGGUUUCCUCCUAUGGAGCUGCAGUGAGACAACGUACUGUGCACCAAGAGACAAUGAUGGCGAAGCAUGGUACAUUACCAGAAUUCAUGUAUCAGAGACAUUGUGUUAUGCUGGAUCAGCCCAUCACUUUCGUUUCUGGUUAUCCGGAACAAGACAUGGACAAUAACACAACAGAGACAACAGACGUAGCUGACAACGAUUCAGAAAUCACCGAGCAGUGA